UUCCAUUUGGCGUUUUCCCAUCAAUCCCAUCGCUAUUGGAAAUUUUUUUCCCCGUAGGGAAAUGGCGACCACUGUCAGCCACCGCGGCAAAGUGUGUGUACACGAUAUGAUCAACACACGUUGUUGCGAUUGUUUAUUCAUGUAAAUGAAUAAUUGUGGGACAGAUAUCACGUUAAAUAACAUUUCUCCCGCGCGGGAAAAUGAGCAGCGAAACUCAGAUCGCGAACAUCGUAAAUGAUAUUUUGAAAGUGGAAGCGAUAGAGGAAGCGUUCAGCUGCGUUCUCGUUCAUCAAUUUAACACUGACAGUGAGAAGAUAACAACAUGGCAAAACGAACUGAAGACAGCCGUGACCGGAUUAGCGAAGGAACAGCAAGAAGCUGCCGUUCGUCAAUUUCUGUCGAUGGUUGCGGCUAUGACAAAUCACAGACGAUUGCAGUUUGUGUUGUCGUUACUCCAGAAUUUAGUUCAGUCAAAUGUUCUGUCUGCCAGAUUGGUGUGUGAAUGUAUUCUGACUUGUGAUAAACUGCAAUAUCAGUUGAAAGAUUUUUGGGUGGAAUGUUUCGUUCUUAUUCGAAACAUCAUUGGUGGAGUUGACUACAAGGGAGUUAGAGAAAUUAUGAAAGGAUGCAGAGAAAAGGCCCAAACUAUACCGCCUCGGUUAGAUGCGUCAGUUCAGCCACAACUAAAAGCUUUGGAAAAUGUUAUUGAAUAUAUUUUUGAUAGAAAUGCUUGCUUGUUGCCAAGUUAUUUUAUAGUCAACGAAAUACAAAAAGCUUAUCCCGAUGGCAAAAAUUGGCCUCACUGGAAAUUGGCAAAAUUGCUUUCAAACUUUGUGGAAAGUUUUCGUAACACAGCACAAAUGGUAUCUAUAAUAGGACAUUCUAAGAUGUUACCUGUAGUUGAGCACACAGGAUACGCGGAUCAUUUAAUUAAUCCUUGGCUGUUGGAUCCUAAUACAUUGAAGUUUUUCUUGAAAGGAAAUCUACCUUAUGAUCCGGACUUGCUCAAACCUCAAACAGAGUUACUUAGAUAUGUUCUGGAACAGCCAUAUAGCAGGGACAUGGUCUGCUCAAUGCUCAGUUUUCAAAACAAACACAAACAACGUUGUGUCGUAUUGGAGGAACAGCUGGUGGAACUCGUAGUACUUGCGAUGGAACGAUCCGAAAACGAAUCACCGUUAGAAGGAACGGAUGGCACUGUAGCCAAUCACUGGGUGUGGUUGCAUCUGUCUUCGCAGCUUAUUUAUUUCAUUCUCUUCCAAUUUGCUUGCUUUCCGAGUAUCGUUAUGGCGAUACACGAUAAAUUAGCAGGCAGGGAAUUGAGAAAGGGCAGAGAUCACUUAAUGUGGGUGCUGUUGCAAUUUAUUUCCGGCAGCAUUCAACGAAAUCCGCUGUCGAAUUUCUUACCAGUAUUGAAACUCUACGAUCUUCUCUAUCCGGAAAAAGAACCCUUGCCCAUACCCGACUACAGUCAAGCGUUGUGCACACACCAAAUGGCCAUUACCUGCAUAUGGAUACAUCUGCUGAAGAAAGCUCAAUCUGAACAUUCCAACAUUCACAGACCCAUACCGCACACGCUCAAGGUCCAUCAUGAGUUUCUACAGCACUUGGUUAUGCCGAACACGUCUCUCUGCAUGGGUUCGGAUUACCGUAUCGCUCUUUUGUGCAACGCUUAUUCGACAAAUCAAGAAUAUUUCAGCAGACCAAUGGCCGCACUGGUGGAUACUAUUUUAGGUACGCAAAAAAAUCAGCAGCAACAACCGAUGCAAACUCUGCAGAACAACGCGGCGAUGGCAAGCGGACCGACGACGCCACUUUCGAUGUCAAUUCUAGAUUCUUUGACGGUGCAUUCCAAGAUGAGUUUGAUACAUAGCAUCGUAACGCACGUGAUUAAAUUGGCGCAGUCCAAGAGUAACAUGGCACUGGCGCCUGCACUGGUUGAGACUUACAGUAGGUUAUUGGUGUAUACGGAGAUCGAGAGCCUCGGCAUAAAAGGUUUUAUCAGUCAGUUGUUGCCGACAGUAUUUAAAUCACAUGCUUGGGGAACUUUAUACACGUUGCUAGAGAUGUUCAGCUACAGAAUGCAUCAUAUUCAACCACAUUACAGAGUUCAGUUGCUAUCGCAUCUUCACAGUCUCGCAGCAGUGCCUCAGACCAAUCAAACGCAGCUGCAUCUUUGCGUCGAAAGCACAGCUCUGCGACUCAUUACCGGGCUAGGUUCGGCGGAGGUGCAACCGCAACUGUCUAGAUUCUUAUCGGAACCGAAGACACUCGUGUCUGCGGAAUCGGAAGAGCUGAACAGAGCAUUGGUAUUGACACUGGCGCGAUCAAUGCACGUCACAGGCACCGGCGCCGAUAGUCUCAGCGGCACAUGGUGCAAGGAAUUGCUGAACACAAUCAUGCAAAACACCCCGCAUUCGUGGGCUAUUCACACCCUACAGUGUUUCCCACCGGUGUUGAGUGAAUUUUUCCAGCAAAACAGCGUAGCUAACGAAAACAAGCAACAGAUAAAAAAGGCUGUCGAAGAGGAAUAUAGGAAUUGGAAAUCUAUGAGUAACGAAAAUGACAUAAUGGCGCACUUCUCUGUGCCCGGAACUCCGCCCUUGUUUCUGUGCUUGUUGUGGAAGAUGAUACUCGACACCGACCGCAUCAAUCCCAUCGCGUAUAAAAUUCUCGAAAGAAUCGGAGCCAGAGCGUUGUCGGCUCAUCUCAGGAAGUUCUGCGAUUAUUUGGUAUUCGAAUUCGCCAACACUGUUGGCGGUCAGCAACAGGUAAACAAGUGUGUCGACACCAUUAACGAUAUGAUUUGGAAAUACAACAUAGUGACUAUUGACAGAUUGGUACUCUGUCUAUCACUGAGAACUCAGGAAGGUAGUGAAGCACAAGUGUGUUUCUUCAUCAUUCAAUUGUUGCUGCUAAAAGCAGCGGAAUUUAGAAACAGGGUACAAGAAUUUGUCAAGGAAAACUCGCCGGAACAUUGGAAACAGUCUAAUUGGCACGAGAAACAUCUUGCCUUUCACAGAAAGUUUCCAGAGAAAUUUGCACCGGAAGGUAUAAUGGAACAAACGAGCGGUGGACCCAGUCAGUAUCAAAGUUUACCGGUUUACUUCGGAAAUGUGUGUCUUCGCUUUUUACCAGUUUUUGACAUAGUAGUUCAUCGGUAUUUGGAAAUACCACAAGUCACCAAGAGUUUGGAAAUAUUGUUGGAACAUUUGGGAUGUUUGUACAAAUUUCACGAUCGACCUGUCACAUAUCUUUAUAAUACAUUACAUUACUACGAAAGGAAGUUGCGAGAUCGGCCGUCGUUAAAGCGCCGAUUGGCGUCCGCUGUUUUGGGAUCGUUACGGGAAAUUAGACCGCCCGGAUGGGCACUUUCCGAGGAUUAUCAAAUGUACAUGACGCGCUCUGGUGACGACGCAUUUCAAUGGAAACCAGAGUUGGACUACUACAUUCGCCUUGUACAAAGAAUUGAAAAAACGAUGUCCGGUGUAGCUCAUUUUCCCGCAACCGAUUGGAGAUUUAAUGAAUUCCCAAAUCCAGCAGCGCACGCAUUGUAUGUGACUUGCGUCGAACUCAUGGCACUUCCGGUUGCUCCAGAUUUAGUGGCCAAUUCUCUGUUGGACGUUGUAGCUAAAGGAUACACUGUUAUAUCAGCAGACGAAAUACACUUGUGGAUAAAUUGUGUUGGUUUGUUACUGGCAGCGUUGCCAGAAUGUUAUUGGUCAGCAUUGCACGAACGUCUGGUGGAAACCAUCAGCAAUCCUGGUCUGACUACUUGGCAGUACAAUAAUUUAACACCAUUUCAGUUGUUCAAUUUUAACAUCACGCACAAUAGCUUACUGGAAAACAAAUACAGCUACAUGCUCGCGUUGGCGCAUUCAGUUUGGCAUCAUGCUGGUGUAGGACAGAUUACGACAAUGCCUCAAUUUAUCAAGGAAAAACUCCAGCCAGUUGUGAGCAGUGAGGAACAAUUGAUAUACGCCUGCCAUUUAAUCGGGCCAACAUUGGCAAGGUUUAACGCAGAGCGACCGAAUUGCGUGGUCGAGCUCACAGUUUCUUUGUACGAGAUGUUGGAACGAGUUGAUCACACUCAAACGCAUUUGAAUUACAUGGACCCAAUUUGUGAUUUAUUAUAUCACAUAAAAUACAUGUUUGUCGGCGACACGAUGAAGAACGAGGUGGAGUGUAUCAUACGAAGAUUGAGACCCGCUUUACAAAUGAGGCUACGUUUUAUCGCUCACAUAAAUAUAGAAGAAAUUCAUACAUCUUGAAUUGCUAAUUUUUCGUUUUAUAAUAUUGUAAUAUGGAACCGUAAUAAUAGAAUUCAUUCCCUUGUAAUAUACCUGUUAUAGUAGAAUUUUUUAAAUAAGAUUUUUAACAUUAUAUGAUGAGAUUAGAAAAUUUUAAAAUUAUAAUGAAAUUGUGUGAACAUUUAUAUGCGUCUUGAAAUAAAAUGAAAUGUCAUUUGUCA